GAGUUGCGACAGUGCCAGUCUGCAGCGCGUCACUUACCCUUCCUUUUACGGCACAGGCGAAGCUCACAUGUGCUUCUCCUCUCGACUCGUGGUGCUGAGAACCGUAAAUAUCUCCCUUUAGCGGUUCGUUCACGGGCACAGCAGACAUGUCGUUCCGAGGAGGAGGACGAGGAGGCUUUAACAGAGGCGGAGGAGGAAGAGGAGGCGGAGGGCGAGGAGGAGGUGGAGGCUGGGGAGGUGGAGGGGGUCGUGGGGGAGGCUUUGGCCGAGGCGGCGGCAGAGGGGGCUUCAACAGACAACAGGACUUCGGGCCCCCAGAACAUGUCGUAGCACUGGGGGAGUUCAUGCAUCCAUGUGAAGAUGACAUCGUGUGUAAAUGUACGACAGAGGAGAACAAAGUGCCCUACUUUAACGCCCCAGUGUACCUGGAGAACAAGGAGCAGAUCGGCAAAGUGGAUGAGAUCUUCGGACAGCUACGAGACUUUUACUUUUCAGUCAAACUUUCAGAAAACAUGAAGGCGUCAUCGUUCAAGAAGCUGCAGAAGUUCUACAUUGACCCCAUGAAGCUGCUCCCCCUGCAGAGGUUCCUGCCCAGGCCCCCAGGGGAGAAGGGCCCACCGAGAGGAGGCCGAGGGGGCAGAGGAGGCGGCCGAGGGGGAUUCCGUGGAGGUGGAUUCCGCGGGGGCCGGGGUGGAGGUGGUCGUGGCGGAGGUUUUGGAGGAGGAAGAGGAGGAGGAGGAGGUGGUGGUGGCUUCAGGGGAAGAGGAGGAGGUGGAGGCAGAGGAUUCAGAGGUGGGAGAUGAUCCUGUCCGGACAGUGUGUGACUGCAGACUUCUUCUGUGCCAGAGCCUGGACUCUUCCAUGUGGACCCUGCGAGUUUUCAUUUACUGUCAGAUUAUGUUGUAUUUUCCUACAUGUUUUCCAGGAAGUGGUUUU